AAGGUAUUAACUUCACUACACUUCUCUUUCUACAAUUACUCCUCAAGAGCAUCUCUCUUUAGAACAUUGAGUAUUGCUAACUUAAGCGUCGGAGUGUUUUCCCCGAGGAAACAUCCUCGGGAAUUUUGGGUGUUGAAAUAGUUGAAGAUAUCUACUGUAUCGGCUCUUGAAGCUACCCAAACAUUUGGUGUCGUAUGUGGGAAACGAACAAAAAGCAUUGUGACUUAACCAGCAUGAGCUGAAAAUGGUGUGCACCUUCACAGGAAACCACCCCCCAAGAGGGAAUGUGGAUGACUAGGAUAACACUCAGGUGUUGGAAAGUGAUCUCAAUGACUUCCAAACGCUUCCGAGAAACCUCUUCGUUGGCGGUGCAGAACAAGAACAGUCAAACACUUCAGAUGAUGAUGAAAGAACACCUACAGGGCAUGCAACCCAACUUGAAGAACAGUUUUACAUCUUGUCUGAAGCCAGACGAAGGCUUUCCAAGCAUAAUACUACAUGACAUGUGGAGAGACUUGUAGAAUCUACUCGAACGUCUGAGCUGGAAGAAAGAACAAGAGUUCUGGAGAUGGCCAUGGGAAAAAUUCUCUCUCGCUUGAUCCCCGAUGACCCCUUGAUUCCCCUGCUGAAUAGGGGCAAGCAACCGGCUGCAGUAGUUGCAACCUGUAACUCCCCGACCCUAAGCAAUGUGGUUGUCCCAACCAGACCAAGAAGAAGUGGGAAGUUGAAUCCAGAACCUAGCUCGCCCAGGCAUAAUGAAGAAUUACUAAAGAAGAACGAAAACCUUAAGAGACAACUCAAAGACGUGCAAAAGUCUAUUGACGAGCUAAAAAGUCCCAGGUCCCAGAUAUUGGCACAGAUACAACACUGGGUCAAGAGACCCCCUCCCCAAACACAUGAUUCUUCACGAGCUGACAGAAGUAAGUAUUGUGACUACCACCGUGGAUACGGCCAUAACACAGAAGACUGUCAAAGCUUGAAAGACGAGCUGGAAUUCUUAGCUCGCAAUGGAAAAUUGGAGGGGCCAAAGCGCAAGGCUUAUGCUCAUCAAGUAAUGGCGGUAAACAAGAAUAGGCCUCUGAAAUGCCACUUUGAAGAAGCAGAAUGGGAAAAUGCACCAAUUACAUUCAGCCCGACCGAUUACAAACAGUCAGAGGAAGAACCAGACGUUAUGAUGCCUCAUGCUGAUCCCUUUGUGGCGACAGUUCAUAUUAGCAAUCAUAACAUCAACAAGCUAAACCCGAGCUCGUUGAGGAAGUAUGAAGGGCCGAUAUAUGGAUUUGACAACCAGCCCAUCCGUGUUGAAGGAGUGAUUACCCUUCCCAUCUACGUGGGUGUUGAACCAUGGUUUAGGAUGGCAUCAGUAGACUUUCUGGUCGUUAAGAUGGACUCAGCUUUUAAUGCUAUAAUUGGAAGAGCUACACUUUGUGAAUUGAAAGCUGUCAUCUCUCAACCACACCUCUGUAUGAAACUUUCUACUCCUCAGGGUAUAGGUGUGUUCAAAGGAAACCAGAAAAUGGCCAGAACCUGCUAUCAAGACACUUUUAAGAAGGUCGAGCUCGUAGACCAAGCUAGCCAGAUGAAGCUAAACCCGUUGAAAUGCACGUUUGCUGUGGAAUCAGGCAAAUUCCUAGGGUAUGUGGUAUCCAAGAAGGGAAUUGAGGUGAACCCAGACAAGGUUGAGGCCGUGCAAUUCAUCGCCAGUUCGACAGAAAAGUGCCUUCCAUUCUUCAAAGCUUUGCGGGAGCCAAAGAAUUUCCAAUGGACUGAUGAAUGCCAACAGGCUUUCGAGCAGCUCAAGCAGUAUCUAGCAUCACUACCUCUACUCUCUAAGCCUAUUGAAGGGGAGACAUUAUAUCUAUAUCUGGGGGUUGUAGAUGAGGCACUCAGUUCAGUCCUCUUGAGAGAGCAAGACAAACAACAGAAACCCAUCUGUUACACAACAUACUUUCAAUCCCAUGAGAUUGUUGUCUACACCGACUUGCCACUGAGAAAGAUAUUGCAAAAGCUGGAGUUGUCUGGUUGGCUGAUCGUAUGGGCGGUCGAGUUGAGCGAAUAUGACCUCAAAUUUCAACCGCGCACAACCAUUAAGGGCCAAGCUUUAGUAGAUUUCCUGGUAGAAUGCAGACAGACGGCUGCAGAAGAAACCACGCCGCCGCACUCCAUGUGGGCUCUGUAUGUGGAUGGGGUAGCCAAUGUUGAAGGAUCAGGAGCGGGAGCAGUGCUAUUAGGUCCGAAUGGCUUCCAAUCUGAGCAUGCCCUGAGGUUUAAAUUUCAGACAACGAAUAAUGCUGCUGAAUACGAAGCACUCAUUUACGAUCUGAAGUUGGCGUCCGAGUUAAAAGCACAGAGCUUAAGAGUCUUUAGUGACUUUCAGCUUGUAGUAAAUCAAAGGACCACAGUAGUUGAAAUGCUAGACACACUGAGCUAUACUAGUCUAGUAGUCGAGUGCCAAGUACUGAGCACGGACCCCUCCUCAUUGAGCUGGACUACACCUCUAAUUAAGUACUUACAAACUGGUGAACUACCAGAGGAUCCAUCUGAUGCUCAGUUGAUCAGGCGUAGAGCGGCACAUUUUACACUGAUUAAGGAUCAGUUAUACAAGCGAGCAGCUUUAAUGCCUUUGUUGCGCUGCCUCACUCCUUAUGAAGCUGAAUAUGUUGAUGCACAAAAUUAUGUCAAAAAAUGCCUAACUUGCCAGUUCAAUGCUGAUGACAUUCACAUGCCAGCUGAGAGGCUAUCAUCCCUCGUAUCCCCUUGGCCCUUCGCUCAAUGGGGAGUAGAUCUGCUCGGCCCUUUUGUAAAAGGCAAGGCAGGUUGCACACAUCUUGUAGUUGUUGUGGAUUACUUCACUAAGUGGAUCGAAGCCAAACCACCCUCCACAACGACUGAAAGGAAAAUAGAAGAGUUCCUCUUUAAUUCCAUACUAUGUAGGUUUGAAAUUCCUAUACGAAUAAUUGCUGAUAACGGACCUCAAUUUCGAGUAGCAGCCCUGAGGUCGUUCUGUAACGACUAUAACAUCGAGUUGACCCUCACGUCUGUAUACACGCCACAGUCAAAUGGGCAAGCUAACUCGGCCACGGGAGAAACCCCAUUUUGCCUCACCUAUGGAGUUGAGGUCGUAAUCCCAAUGAAGGUUGGUUUGUCAUCCAAUGGGUCAGCUCGUCCUAAUAAUCAUGAUAAUGACCAAAUUUUGAGAGAAAACCUAGACUUUGUCGAGGAGGCUGGACUCACUAAUGCUUACUCACAUAUGGGAAAACUCGCUUCGAACUAGGAAGGUCUUUAUAUGGUUAUUUGUGUUAAGCGACCUAGGUCUUACCAGUUAGCAGAUCUACAAGGUCGUUAGUUACCAUUCAUUUGGAACAUACAUAACCUUAGAAAGCUUUACAGUUAACAUGUAUGUUAUUAUCUUAUCAAUAAACUGUACAUGACAAUGUAAAGAAAGUACACAACAAUAAAUAUAGAAAUUUCAA